AGAAAGUGGAAACGGGAAAAAUGGGCAGUGCUUUCCUGUGGACUCUUACUCCAGACGUUCAGAUCCGGGCUGCCAUGAGAGGGAUUUUCAACCCAGAUCUGGGACUUUUGAUUGUUAUCUGGGUUGAUAAGUGCACAAGCGAGAAGUAUGCAACCGUUUGCUAAAUGAUGUCAGAACAUCUCUGAAUCUCAGAUGAUGCCGAGAAGGAAAUCACUUCCUCUAGCUUUGAGUUUUGUUUUCAUGUGUAUAUGUUUUAUCAGUACGGAAAACGAUGUCUUGCCAGAAUUCGAAGCUGUCCUGGGCUCUACAGCUCACUUGCCAUGCCAAGUACCCCAGCGCCCUCCAGAGAGCGGUAUCAAAUGUAUCUUUUGGUACAAGGAUGAUGAAGUGAUGUCCGUCUAUACUGUUGAUGCUAGAGAAGGAGGUACUCAUUCCUUGCACGUUCCUUCUGACAAACUCCGAAGUAGAGCAACAUUUGAUCCAAGUCCUUGGCCUCCUGUAUUGAAGCUGGUAUCUGUAAAAGAAGGUGAUGCUGGGGUGUACUACUGCCGAGUCGAUUACAGAUGGGAUAGAACUUAUAUGUAUACAGUAGUCCUCAAAGUAAUAG